AUGGACUACUUGUCAGAAUUUACAGUCACUAUGCCUAUAUUGAGUUUUAUAGGGACAAAUGAUCCUCCAGAAGAAACCAUUGUUAAGGUUUAUUGUGUUCAGACUCAAGCGAUCCAGCAGUAUACGUUAGACUUAUGCUUGUGCUUGCCACCUCCUAUUGAGAAUGUGGGUUUGGCGAAGUCAGAUUCUAGUGUGUCGCGGGAGGCAAUUCUUGUUGAAGGCACGCCAGAACCAUCUGAACUAAAGUCUACAGAAUUACCUUCGGUUGAUUCAGUGCCCAAGCCAUCUAUUUUAGUGAAUAGAUCGGAAAGUGCUAGUACAUUGACUUUUCCAGUGGGCUCUGCAUUAGCGGAGACCACAUCACCAGCAAUUGUUCCAUCCAACGGUGAGCCUAAAACUUUUGGGCUGCCAUCUGAGGCAAGUGAUGCAGGUUCUGCGUAUGCUCCUUCACCCCAGCUUCCUCUAAGUCCCAGACUAUCAAGUCAACUUUCUGGCUAUCACACCCCUGCAGAAGCUGUUGAGCAAGUACUUCCUCUUCGUGAGCUCAGUGGCAAAGCACCUUCUGCUGAUUAUUCUGUAGAUAGGCAAACUGAUACUGUUGGAGAAAGAAAUUUGGAUCUGUCUUCCGUUGAGGAAAGCUCAAAAAGCAAGGACAAGAAUGUUACACCUGAUGAUGAUGUGUCUGGGAUUCGAAGCCCACCAGCUUUUUUCAAACACCCCACUCAUCUUGUAACUCCUUCAGAGCUAUUGAUGGGCGUUUCGUCAGCUGAAACCUCCAUUACUAGUGAAGACAGGAGGGAUAGAGAUACUAAUAUUCAGGUCGUAAAUAAUGAUGCAAGAAGCACAGAAGUUGAGGUAAAAGAAAUAGGUGAAGCAAGGUCGGUGCAGAAUGGUGAAAUCAAUUAUCUUGAUGAAACUGAGCAUUGCAUUUCAGAAAAUAGGGAAAAAAUCUUCUGCUCACAGGCUUCGAAUCUCAGCAUUGAGAUGGCAAGAGACCGUCUUAUUACAGAGGAAAACUUCAUUCCAGAGAACUCUACGGCUUAUGGACAAUCUUUACAAGCUGAGGAUGAAUGUGGUCCUUACUCAGAAGGUGUGUCUGGAAAGCUUCCUGAGUUGGUUUCAUCUAGUGGGUUUCCACAGCCGGCAGCUACAAACAGCAAAGGGAAGAAACAUAAGGCCAAAAGUUCACAAGGUCCUGGUUUGUCGUCUACAUCCUCAAAUGUUGCCAAUUUGGCUGACUCCUACAAUGAGCUAAGUCGUCCAGAUUCACUUCCUCAAACCUUAGCAAUGCAAGAAACAAUGAAUCAGAUAUUGGCUUCGCAAAGGGAGAUGCAGAGACAACUAUCGAAUGCUGUCAAUGCCUCUAUGAUCAAAGAAGGUAAAAGAGUAGAAGCGGCUUUAGGGAGAAUGAUUGAGAGAUCCAACAAGUCAACUGCCGAUGCUCUGUUUGCUCGCCUCCAAGAGGAGUCUGUUAAGCAUGAAAAGGCAUUGCGUGACCAUGACCAGCAGAUUGUAAAUGCAAUGACGAACGUCAUGAGAAAGGAGUUAAGUGCCAUGUUUGAGAAAUCGAUGAAGAAGGAAUUUGCUGCAUCUGGUCCAACCCUAGCACGUGCAGCAACACCAGCUAUUGAAAAAACUGUAUUAUCUGCACUCACAGAGUCCUUCCAGAGAGGACUUGGUGACAAAGCAGUCAACCAGCUUGACAAAUCUGUUAUUUCAAAGCUUGAAGCAACCAUAGCUAAGCAAAUUAAAGCCCAAUUUCAGACCUCGGGCAGGCAAGCCCUCCAGGAAGCUCUUAGGACCGGUCUAGAGUCCUCAGUCAUACCUUCCUUUGAGAGGUCAUGCAAGACCAUGUUUGAGCAAGUAGACACAGCCUUCCAGAAUGGAAUUACUGAGCACACAGACGCAGCCCUGCAACUAUAUGACUCUGGACGCUCCCAGCUUGCUCAUACUUUACGGGAAACCAUUACUUCUUCGUCGUCAGAUAAUCAAGCCUUAAGUCGUGAUUUAGCAGAGAGUCGAAGGAAUCGUUUAGCUCUUGCAGCUGCUGGAGCAAAAUCGGGUGGAUCAAAUCCUUUGGUUACUCAACUAAGUAGCGGACCUUUGGGUGCUCUUCUUGAAAAGGUUGAAGCACCUAUGGACCCAACAACAGAGCUGUCAAGGUUGAUAUCCGAACGCAAGUACGAAGAAUCUUUCACUUCGGCUCUACAUAGAAGCGAUGUCUCCAUUGUGUCAUGGCUUUGCUCACGGGUGGAUCUUCGUGGACUGCUGGCAAUGAAUCCACUUCCGCUGAGCCAAGGCGUUCUUAUGUCGCUGUUGCAGCAGCUAGCAUGUGACAUCAGCAAGGACACAUCCCGUAAGCUUGCUUGGAUGACAGAUGUGGUUGCAGCGAUUAACCCAUCAGACCAGAUAAUUGCAGUCCACGCUCGCCCAAUCUUCGAACAAGUCUAUCAAAUUCUACACCACCACAGUAACUCACCGGGCAGCGAUGUCUCUGCCAUCAGACUUAUAAUGCACGUCAUCAACUCCAUGCUUAUGGGCUGCAAAUGA